AAGGCGGAAGCGGCGCCGGCGCGGAACCCGCUCUGCCGCAGCGAUGGCUGCCGGUGUUCCUUGUGCGCUGGUCACCAGCUGCUCCGCCACCUUCACCGGGGACCGGCUGGUGCAACAUAUCCUUGGAACAGAAGAUGCUGUUGUGGAAGCGACUUCCGGCGAUGCUGUGAGGUUUUACCCCUGGACCAUCGAUAACAAGUACUACUCUGCAGAGGUCAACCUGUGUGUGGUGCCAAGCAAGUGCCGGGUCACUGCCGAGAUCGCAGAGGCAGUCCAGGCGUUUGUAGUUUACUUUGAUAGCACACAGAAAUCAGGUCUUGACAGCGUCUCCUCGUGGCUUCCUCUGGCAGAAACAUGGCUGCCUGAGGUGAUGAUCCUGGUCUGUGAUAGAGUGUGUGAAGAUGGAAUAAACCGACAACAGGCUCAAGAGUGGUGCAUCAAACAUGGCUUUGAGCUGGUGGAGCUCUGCCCAGAGGAGCUACCUGAGGAGGACGAUGACUUCCCUGAAUCUACAGGCGUAAAGCGGAUUAUACAAGCAUUGAAUGCCAAUGUCUGGUCCAAUGUCGUGAUGAAGAAUGACAGGAGCCAGGGCUUCAGCCUUCUCAACUCACUGGCUGGAGCAAGCCGCAGCGUUGGAUCAGCAGAGAGCUGUCACUGUGAGCAGGAGCCAUCGCCAACAGCUGAGAGGACAGAGUCCCUCCCCGGGCAUCGCAGUGGCGCGUGUGGCUCAGCAGGUGCACAGGUUGACAGCAUUGUUGACCCCAUGUUAGACCUGGAUAUUCAAGAAUUAGCCAGUCUUACCACCGGAGGAGGGGAUCUGGAGAACUUUGAGAGACUCUUUUCAAAGUUAAAAGAAAUGAAAGACAAGGCUGCGACGCUUCCUCAUGAGCAAAGAAAGUUGCAUGCAGAAAAGGUGGCCAAAGCCUUCUGGAUGGCAAUAGGGGGAGACCGAGAUGAGAUCGAGGGCCUUUCUUCUGAUGACGAGCACUAAGUUCUGCCUGCUAGGUUUGACUGACACCGAUGAUGCCAGCACUGUGCGUCCCAAGUGCUUCCCUUCUCAACCGCGUUCUGUUCUGCCAAGACUGCCGUUUGCACGCUGGCCACCUGACUGGUUUUUGGAGUUCCCUUACCUGAGCUUUUAGAAAGGUGCUGGGGAGAAAUCUUUGUUCCUGCCGCAUAAGUGACGGAAGAGUGAGAUGACAGUGGGGAAACCCUUCGGAUCUACAUUCUUUGUCUUAAGAACCAGGGUAAAAUGAGUCUCAGAGAUCUGUAAUACAGGAGAGCUGAGGCCGGCCUGCUUCUGUGCUGGAUAGCCAGUGUCCACACCAGCGGCUGGUUGGGAGCUUGUACUGUCUGCUGUGUACUGUCACUGGUCCCCACGGAGAGCACAGCUCUGACCUAAGGUGGAUGUUGACAAGGGGGGCAGCUGUAGAUCUAGUAUGUGCCUAGGGGUUAGGGGGACAGGCGGCUCAUGGGUUUGUCUCUUAGCAAGUCCUAUGGACAAUUUUAAGUUCAAUGUGUGAGUUCCUGUCACAAAGAAGUAAAAGUCAGAUGUAUAUGUAUAAGAAACAGAGGCAAAGGUUUCCUCCUCUGGGGAGCGUAAACUCUCCCCAACUGCUGGUCAUGUGUGGACCAGAGGAGCAGCAGUGUUGGUUCCAGCACUGCUGACACUGGCAACAGUGCUCUCUAACCGAGUGCUCUCCCUGGCUGCUUGAGGUUUCAGAGCAAGUGCCCCUUCUUUCUGCUUGGAAUCCAGAGAUUACUGUCAAAGCACCAGAACCGGGGUUGCGGAUUUAGCUCAGCGGUAGAGCGCUUGCCUAGCAAGCACAAGGCCCUGGGUGCGGUCCCCAGCUCCGAAAAAAAGGAAAAAAAAAAAAAAGCACCAGAACCAGCCUGUGGGGGAUAGGCGAGCCUUCCAACAACCAGGGCCACCACCAUGGGUUACUUCCAGGGCUGUUGGCUCCUCUACACUCCAGGGCCCAGUCCCAAGGAAACCCUGCCCUUCCUCCUGCGUUGUGUUUGAGUGGGUGAGCCCCAGGGGAGCACAAAGCAAAGUUUUACAGGAAGAGAGGAAAGUACAGCAAACAGGUUAAAGGUCCGUAUUCUGUCAUCACAGAUAGCUCUGUGAGGCAGGCGUGAGUCUCCUUCAUGCUCGUCAGUUUCUAAGCAGGUGCAGCCAUGUUAGAUGGUAUUCAUUGUGGGCUGAGAGCCGAUCCUACCCUAGUGUCAUCCGUGAGUUAGGCCAUGAUCAGAAACAAGGUGGACCUCCUUAGGUACCACGGACAGGGCCUGAAACAUGCUUAGCCAGGUCAGAACCACACAGGGUGAGACAUGAUCCUGGUGCUGGUCGGAUUCUAGAACAGUGGGUGCUGGUUUGCCCCUGUGCUCCCACCCCACACUCUGAUCUUGCAGUCUUUGAGCUUAGGUUUACCACUACCCUUUGAGGGGCAUUAAUACUUUAAGGUGAGUGCAUUAGCCACUGGCUAAGAAGGAAAAUAAGGGAAGUUGACUGUGGGUUGCCAGAAAGGUAAAACAUGUUUUUCUUAAAAUGUGGAAGAUUUUAGAAAAUAUAUUAGGUCAAAUGAUUAGGAAACAGAUAGACUAGAAAAUGCUGUGGACUUGAUUUUGCUGACUAAACAAAACCAGGUAAUUAAAAGAUGAUUUAUUUACAAAGUC